AUGGACCACAUGCUUCAAGCAAACAAAAAUGGACCACAUGCUUCAAGCAAACAAAAAUGGACCACAUGCUUCAAGCAAACAAAAAUGGACCACAUGCUUCAAGCAAACAAAAAUGGACCAUAUGCUUCAAGCAAACAAAAAUGGACCAUAUGCUUCAAGCAAACAAAAAUGGACCAUAUGCUUCAAGCAAACAGAGAUGGACCACAUGCUUCAAGCAAACAAAAAUGGACCACAUGCUUCAAGCAAACAAAAAUGGACCACAUGCUUCAAGCAAACAAAAAUGGACCAUAUGCUUCAAGCAAACAAAAAUGGACCAUAUGCUUCAGACAAACAGAGAUGGACCACAUCCUUCAGGCCAACAGAGAUGGACCACAUCCUUCAGGCAAACAGAGAUGGACCACAUCCUUCAGGCCAACAGAGAUGGACCACAUCCUUCAGGCAAACAGAGAUGGACCACAUCCUUCAGGCCAACAGAGAUGGACCACAUCCUUCAGGCAAACAGAGAUGGACCACAUCCUUGAGGCCAACAGAGAUGGACCACAUCCUUCAGGCAAACAGAGAUGGACCACAUCCUUCAGGCAAACAGAGAUGGACCACAUCCUUCAGGCCAACAGAGAUGGACCACAUCCUUCAGGCCAACAGAGAUGGACCACAUCCUUCAGGCAAACAGAGAUGGACCACAUCCUUCAGGCCAACAGAGAUGGACCACAUCCUUCAGGCAAACAGAGAUGGACCACAUCCUUGAGGCAUACCCCAACCUGUGAGCGGCAGUGGAACCCAUAG